AAGACCUCAACUUGAAUCGACUUGGAAGUUUGAUGGAUUCAAGUCAUUUCCUUUCUAAUUCUUUCUUAAGACUAACUAUAAUUAAGUCUCUCUUUUUUAUCUGUCGGUUUCCUCACCAUGUAUAUUCAAUUUUCAGUGAUGGAGCUACUAAUUUUGAUUAAAUUUCAUUCUGAAAUGAGAGACAUUUAACAAAAGAACUUUCUUUCUGUAAAUAUUUUGUGUGGCUCACGAAUACAAUGAAUGAUCCAGAUAGAGAAUAUGAUAUUGAUACACUGAUCCAAGAAGCUCGAGUUCGUUGGCUAAAGCCGGUUGAGAUCCAAUUUAUAUUACUGAAUCAUGAUGGGAUUUACCCCUUUACUGAAGUUGUCCCUCAAAACCCACAGAGUGGUUCAUUAUUCCUUAUCAAUAAGAAUGUGACCAAGUCUUUUCGUAAAGAUGGUCAUAAUUGGAAAAAGAAGAGGUCCGGUAGAACUGUUGCUGAAGGUCAUGAAAGACUCAAGGUAGGAGGAGUUGAAGUUCUGAGUUGUUAUUAUGCACAAGGAGCAGAGAAUCCUAAUCUUCGUAGGCGAAUAUAUUGGAUGCUGGAUGCGGCAUACGAUCACAUUGUUCUUGUUCACCACAGAGUCUAUACAGAUAUCAACGAGGGAAGACGCAAUACUGAAGCAAGCUCAACACUGAACUUGACCUCUACAUCAAAUCCCGGGUUCCAAACAGCAUCAAUCCAGGCUGCUGCUUCUGCAGUUAGUGAGUCAUAUGGAACGUAUCAAAAUCCAAGUCCGUUUGGUUCGGGGUCCAUGGAUGUCAUUCCUGAUUUAAUUGACGAUAAUAACCUCUUUGGUGUAUGGGAUUCUCCAGAAGACAUUUGCAGUUUGAUGGAUGCUGAAAGUAUUCGAGCAGAACAAAGAAUGCUGGACGAUUUGAAUGGGAAAUCAACAGAUACAGAUAUUUUACUUUUUGACCAGGAUGAACUUCUAGCAGUACAACCUGCAGCGGAGUACAGGGAAAACGUUGGUCAUUCAUGUGAAAUUGAGAAGCCACAAUCUUCUUUGGAACGGGACAAAUAUUCUACAGAUCCCCACAAGCAUAAUGAAGAAUAUUCAUACCAGUGGCAAGAUCCUAGUGGUAAUAACACACAAAAUAGGAACAUUGAUAUCCCCAUAUUUGGAGAUACUUCAAAUUUCCAUCCUAUCGCUUCUACCCAAGAAAGUUCCUUGCUUUAUGCAGUUGGUAAUUCUACAAAAUUUUCUUACUCUUAUGGAUUAAGAACACAUGAGGCCGAUCCCAACUGCUACACCACAUUGUUUGACGCAGAGACUCAGCUUGCUCCUGUUGAAGUAAUAUCAAGAUUAACUGUUGCACAGUGUCAAAAGUUCAGCAUUCAAGAAAUAUCCCCAGAAUGGGGUUAUGCCUCUGAGUGCUCUAAGGUCAUUAUUACUGGAUUAUUUCAUUGUAAUUCAUCAGCGCAUUCAUGGAAGUGUAUGUUUGGUGAUGUUGAAGUUCCUGUAGAAAUUGUUCAAGAAGGUGUUUUCCGUCGCCAAACUCCUCCACAAUCUCCUGGGCAGGUCACAUUCAUUCAAGAAGGUGUUCUCCGUUGCUAUACUCCUCCAAAAUCUCCUGGAAAGGUCACUCUGUGUAUCACAACGGGUAAUCGAGAAGCUUGCAGUCAAAUAAGAGAGUUCGAAUAUUGCACAACUCCAACGGCCUCGAUUCGGAAUAAUAACCUACCCAAAACAGAUGGCAUGAAGAGUGCAGAAGAACUGCAGUUGCUUAUCAGAUUUGUUCAGAUGCUUCUUUGUGACUCAUCAACUAAAAAAAAAGAUGGUAUUACAUCAGGAACAAAUGCACUGGAAAAAUUAAUUGCAGAUGAAUAUUUAUGGGAAAAUUUGAAGCACGCGGUUCUCGUUGGCAGUGAGAGUGAAUCCAGAAUCAUGGAUUCACUUUUGCAAGAACUUUUAAAAGAGAAGCUGCCGCAGUGGCUUCACUCCAGAUUUAAGGAAGGAGAAUCUCCAGGUUCUACUAGUUUGAAGAAAGAACAAGAGAUAAUACAUCUAGUUGCUGGAUUGGGUUUUGAGUGGGCAUUAAAUCUGAUUUUAAGUUCGGGGAUUGGUAUUAACUUCCGUGACACCAAAGGGUGGACCGCCCUUCACCAUGCUGCCAAUUUUGGAAGGGAGGAAAUGGUCGUUGCGCUGAUAGUUGCUGGUGCAUCUGCUGGUGCAGUGACGGAUCCUACGCCAGAAGAUCCAGUUGGAAAAACCCCUGGCUCAAUUGCCAUUUCAAGAGGACAUAAGGGAGUAGCAGGUUAUCUCUCAGAGUUGGCCCUAACUAGCCAUCUUCGAUCCCUUACCCUGGAAGAAAAUGAUCUUACUAAAGGACGCAGUGAUGUAGAGGCAGAGAUUGAAGUCGAAAGCCUCUCAAUUGAUUGCACCGACGAUCACCACUCACUAAGGCAGUCUUUGACUGCAGUCCGGAAUGCAGCUCUGGCUGCUGCACGUAUACAAAAUGCUUUUCGUGCACAUUCUUUUCGUAAAAGGAAGCAAAAAGAGGAUCUUGUUUCUGUUUGUGAUGAAUUCGGCAUCACUGCAGCGGACAUCCCUGCACUUUCAGCCACAUCAAAGAUGGGCUUCCCAAAGCUACGUGAUCGGGUUUUACAAAAUGCAGCUGUAGUUAUUCAAAAGAAAUACCGUGGUUGGAGCGGACAGAGAACAUUUUUAGAGUUGAAGCGGAAAAUAAUUCUUAUACAGGCUCACGUGCGAGGUCACCAGGUCAGGAGGAAGUUGUUCAGAUGGGCCGUUGGAAUUCUUGAAAAGGUUUUGUUGCGGUGGCGCCGUAAAAGAGUUGGGCUACGUGGAUUGCGACAAGAAACAGAGUCGGCUGAUGCAAGUGACGAUGAAGACAUCCUCAAGGUGUUCCGAAAAAAGAAAGUUGAUGUCACAGUUGAAAGAGCUGUUUCAUGGGUGGUAUCUAUGGCCCAUUCUCGCGGUGCACGCGGACAGUACUGCCGCCUCCUUGAAAGCUACCGGCAACAAGUUAAGGUGGAAUCAUGUACAGAAACAUCAUCAGCUUCUCGAGACGAUUCUGACUCCAUGGAGACCAACAACAAUGAUGAUUUCUUUCGGUUCCCAUUAUAACAAAUCUGUAAUCACACCUUAUAUGAUCUCUGAUUUGCACAAACCAAACGUUUCAAAUUCUGUACAUACACAUUACAAUGAGCCUGAUAUGUAUUGGUAUUAAGUAACACUCGACUUCCAUACCGACCAGAAAAACUAAUCCACUGUCGUACCCAAAUCAAGUGAGUAAUAUUAUAUUUAUCUUAUCAGUAUGAUAUACAGUA